GAUCUAACGCAGUUGGCAUAUUAUACAACAAUCUAAUCCAAUCUAAUUUGGACUGUUUAUAUAUAUAUAUAUAUAACAAGAUUAUGUCCUAAACAAAUGAUUAAACAGUGAACAAGCUAUGAUAAGUAAGUAUUUAAUAUGACAUUUUACUUAUGCAGGUGGUACUGAAAGAUUCGAUUCCUGUGGAGCUUAUGCAACACAGCUGCACAUGUGUUGCUGGAGCAGUAUUAUGCAACCACUGCGUUGCUUUGCUGUUCCAGUCAGCACAUUACUCUGAACUGAAUAUGCCAGUUGUGCCUCCUGUGCUAGGUUGUACUGAAGGGGAACAGCAGUGGCACAAGCCCAGAACUUUGGUAAGUUUGCACUAUAAUUAUAGACCUGUUGGCUAUAUUUUCUAACUGUAUCCUGAAUAACUUGAUAGGGUAUAAAGCCAGGCCCUGUGGAAAAGAUGGCUGUGCUGUCUGCUAAACCAAAGUGUAGAGCAACAACUGAGGGUGUAAGGAGCACACUCUACAAAGGCCUGACUGGAGAUUUGCCUGAUCUGUCUGUCCUUCAGGUGACAGAGGUUUAUAAAGAUUUCUCUAAAGCUGAGGCACCGAUGAUCUGCAGCAUGGGCAUCAGCUGUGAGAUUCCCCUGGUCGAUUCUACCCUGGGCAAGGUUCAAGCUGGUAGUCCCUUGUCCUACCAACAACCUGCAAUAGCAAAGCGAAACCUGUCCUUCCAUGCUACCCCACCACAGCCAUCUGUGCCUCUUCAGAAUUACCGCCUACAGCCAUCCAGUUGCAUGUUUGUCUGCACUGAACCACAACAGCUUCACCUUAGGAGUCUGGAGGUCACCUUGGACAUGGCACACCAAUAUGAAUGUGCUACUAGAGACCAAAGUUUGUGUACUGAAUGGCAUCAGCUAAGGAGGCAUAGACUGACUGCCUCACAAUUCAGAGAGAUCUGCCAGGUUAAAGAGAAGACAGAAGAAGGUCUAGCUAACCGGAUACUGCAAGGGACCCGUCAGACAGCGGCUAUGAAGAGGGGGCUCGAAUUAGAGGCAGACGCUAUCUGUGAUUAUUGUCGAAUAAAAAGGGUCAACCACUUCCCCUGUGGUUUGGUCAUUCACCCUGACGCUCCUUGGCUGGGGGCAUCUCCAGACGGGAUAAUCUUUGACCCUUCAGAGCCAUGUCUGUUUGGGCUGAUUGAGAUGAAAUGCCCGAAUGUUAAAAGCUACGUUGACUGCCCAUAUCUGAAAAUGGAGUCAGGCAAAUUAGAGCUAAAAAAAACCAUGCUUACUACUGGCAAAUACAGGGGCAGAUGCUAA